GCCGGCGAACGAACCAACAAACCGAGCCAACCAACGAACCAACCUUACUCAAGCAAGCGUGUUGUUGAUUCGGCGUUGUUGCUGGCUGCUGUUCUCAACGAACACAACGAGCACAACAGCGGCCGAACGUUGUGUUCGGGUUGCGUCAUUGCACCACCACACCACCAUCCACCUGAUCACCAUCACCAUCCACCUGAUCACCAUCACAUCAUCAGCACACACAAGAACGAACACGCAGUUCCGCAUUUCCGCGCCUUCCCCUCCACCUCUUCAACACCACCACAUCCUUGUGUCCAGUGUGCUUCGUACACGACCACUAUCAUCACCACCAUCACCACCAUCACCACCAUCUGCUUCUUCUUCAUCGCGAGUUCAGUGUGACAUAUUCAUUUCCCUGCCACCGCCACCGCCAUCACUUCGCUCGUCUACCUCCCUUCAGUGACCGGAUAAGCCAAGCUCUUCGAACCCCGCUUCCCUUCCCUUUCCAUCCAACGCCAAUCAUGAGCGAAGAAACCAAGAUGCACCGCACGCCAAGCAUGGACAGCUUGGUCGACUUCAAGCAGGACACUCCCGAGAGCCUCGUGCAGUCGAUGGAGGCCGAGCUUGCCAAGAUCAAGGGCGCCACCAAGGAGUUGAUUGUGAACAACGACCAGUUCAAGGCGCUGUUUGAGCAGUAUCUCGAGGAGCGCGGCUCCAAGAUUGAGUGGUCCAAGAUCAAGCCCCCAGCAGAGGGCGCGAUCAUUGACUACUCGAGCAUCGACGACACCCCUGCCUGCGCCGAGUCCCUGAGCAAGCUCGCUGUGCUGAAGCUGAACGGCGGCCUGGGCACCACCAUGGGCUGCGUCGGCCCCAAGAGCGCCAUCCCCGUCCGCAACGAGGCAACAUUCCUCGACCUCUGCGUCAAGCAGAUUGAGCACCUCAACUCCGCCCACAGCGUGAGUGUGCCGCUCGUGCUCAUGAACUCGUUCAACACGAACAGCGACACCCGCAAGAUCCUGCGCAAGUACGGCAAGACCAAGUGCGACAUCCUCACCUUUAACCAGAGCCAAUAUCCGCGCAUCCUCAAGGAGACGCUGCAGCCGCUGCCGGCAGACACCUCCAACCGCUCAGAGUGGUACCCCCCUGGCCACGGCGACCUCUACCGCUCUCUCGUCUCGUCCGGGAUGCUCAAAAAGCUGCUCGACAUGGGCAAGGAGUGGCUGUUUGUGUCCAACAUUGACAAUCUCGGCGCUGUUGUCGACACGACCAUCCUCAACUAUCUCGUCUCCGAGAACCCGGAAUGCGAGUUUGUCAUGGAGGUCACCGACAAGACCCGCGCCGACGUCAAGGGUGGCACCCUUAUCGACUACGAGGGAACAACUCGCCUCCUUGAGGUGGCACAGGUCCCCAAGUCCCACCUUGAGGAGUUCAAGAGCGUGCACAAGUUCCGUGUGUUCAACACGAACAAUCUGUGGAUCAACCUGCGUGCUGUUGAUCGCCUCAUGCGUCGGGGUAACAUGCACAUGGAGAUUAUCGAAAACAAGAAGGUGCUUGACGACGGGCGCGGCGUGAUUCAGCUCGAGCAGGCCGUUGGCGCCGCCAUCAAGAACUUUAACAACGCCAUCGGCAUUAACGUGCCGCGUUCGCGUUUCCUCCCCGUCAAGAAGACAUCCGACCUCCUCCUGGUGAUGUCGAACCUGUAUCGCCUGCACCACGGGCGCCUCUCCAUGAGCCCCGACCGCACAUUCAAGAACGUGCCGCUCGUCAAGCUCGGCGAUGAGCACUUCAAGAAAGUCAAGGAGUUCCUGAAGCGGUUUGAGGACAUUCCGGAUGUGCUUGAGCUGGACCAUCUCACCGUCUCUGGCGACGUCCACUUUGGCAAGAACGUCUCCCUCAGGGGCACCGUGAUCAUCAUUGCAAACGAGGGUGACCGGAUCGACAUCCCCAGCGGCGCCAUCUUGGAGAACAAGAUCGUGUCUGGAAACCUUCGCAUCCUCGACCACUGAUGACUGGUUGAAGGCUGCACCACAGCCACCAUCACCAUCACCACCAUUGCCAGCGUUGGUCUUGUGGUUGUGUGGGGCUGUUGGUGAUGCUUGUGGCGCGGGCGAUUGUUCACCCCCGCCCUGCCACACAGGCUAUGCGUUUCGUGACUCUUUGGUUCUUUCACUGGAUCACGCUUGCCUGCAUGCAUCACGCCUCCUUCACGUAAUAUGUCAUGUUGUUGUGUGUUGGAUGUCUUGUUAUGGCUUUGCUGCAAAUGCCCCUUCCCCCCUCCGCUUUGCAUGCAGCAGGCGUGUGCUGAUGGUGCUACAGCUUGAGGUGGUUGCGGUACUUGCGUGUUUGUUUGUGUUGCAUCACAAUCCACCCGUUGCGCAGUGUGUUGGUCGUUGUUGUCAACAAUACACACGUUCAACAGCA